CGGGAGGCAUCAACUUCAGCAGGCAUCGUGAGAAGAAAAAAAAGUUCUUUUGACGUCAGCCACGUCAGAUUUCAGUAGUCCAAGAUGGCGGAGGUGAGCGGGUUGAGGAGCCGAAAUCACUUCGAGCCCAACUGCAAAAGCCGAGUCGUUGACGAAGGCUUGAGGGGUGUAGAAGAUGUCCCCAUUUUUCGGCAUAAGCAGAGGCCUCCUUUAGUCAUGUCCGAAGACCUGGAGGAGGAAUUGCUCCCCAGCACUAUGGCCUCAAACUCGGGCAAAAAUGUUAGACUUGCCCCCUCAUCAGUUGAAGAGAGUGGGGAAGAAGAGGAUGUGGUAGAGGAAGAGAAGGCCAGGCCCAUCCAGGUUGUCCUGGCCAACGAGGACGAACACAGCUUUGAGCUGGACGCUGCAGCGCUGGAGAGGAUCCUGCUGCAGGAUCACAUCAAGGACCUGAAUGUAGUGGUCGUGUCUGUGGCCGGGGCCUUCCGCAAGGGCAAGUCCUUCCUGCUGGACUUCAUGCUGCGCUACAUGCAUAGUCAGGGCAAGCCGUGGAUGGGAGGGGAUGAUGAGCCCCUGACUGGGUUUACCUGGAGAGGAGGCUGCGAGAGGGAGACCACAGGAAUUCAGAUCUGGAGCGAAGUCUUUGUGGUCGACAAGCCUGAUGGCAGCAAGGUUGCAGUGCUCCUCGUUGACACUCAAGGAGCAUUUGACAGCCAGUCCACCAUAAAGGACUGUGCCACUGUGUUUGCCCUCAGCACUAUGACCAGCUCUGUACAGGUGUACAAUCUGUCCCAGAACAUACAGGAGGAUGACCUGCAGCAUUUGCAGCUCUUCACAGAAUAUGGCCGGCUGGCAAUGGAAGAGAUCUACCUGAAACCUUUCCAGUCCCUGAUGUUUCUGAUUCGUGACUGGAGUUAUCCUUAUGAACACGACUACGGGCUGGAAGGAGGCAACAACUUCCUCAACAAAAGACUACAGGUGAAACAGAACCAACACGAAGAGCUGCAGAAUGUCCGGAGGCACAUCCACUCCUGCUUCUCCAACAUCGGCUGCUUCCUGCUGCCACAUCCGGGCCUCAAGGUGGCCACCAACCCCUACUUUGACGGCCGGCUGAAAGACAUUGAUGAUGAUUUUAAGAGGGCGCUGGCAGAACUGGUGCCUCUCCUCCUGGCCCCGGACCGACUGGUGGAGAAAGAGAUUGGAGGGAACAAAGUCACCUGCAGAGAUCUUCUGGAGUACUUCAAGGCUUACAUAAAAAUCUACCAAGGGGAGGAACUGCCUCACCCAAAGUCCAUGCUGCAGGCGACAGCAGAAGCCAACAACCUGACUGCUGUGGCAGGAGCCAAAGACAUGUACGGCAAGAACAUGGAGCUGGUCUGCGGUGGGGACAAGCCAUACAUUGCCCCGGCUGACCUGGAGCGCUUCCACGAGGAGUUUCGAGAGCACUCGGUGCAUUACUUCCGCUCCGUAAAGAAAAUGGGCGGCGAGGAGUUCUGCCAGCGCUACCAGAGCCAGCUGGAGUCCGAGCUGGACGAGACCUACACCAACUUCUCCAAGCACAACGACGGCAAAAACAUCUUCUACACCGCACGCACACCUGCCACGCUUUUCGCAGUCAUGUUUGCCACCUACGUGGUGUCCGGCGUGACGGGCUUCAUCGGGCUGAGCACCUUAGCUGUGCUGUCUAACCUGGUCAUGGGCGUGGCGCUGCUUUCGCUCUGCGCCUGGGCGUAUGUCAAGUAUUCUGGAGAGUUUCGGGAGUUGGGAACGAUGAUAGAUCUGGUGGCCGAGACACUCUGGGAACAGAAGACGGUCAGAAAGGUGUUUUCCAAACUUUUGGAGCCUGUCAGGAGCCGCCUGGCUUGGCCCGUCUCUCUCCUCCCUUCAUUCCCAUCAGGAGCGAUGCUGGGACUCCAAGCUCUGUCUCCUCUCAACAACAACUACUACAAGAAGAUGAAAUAGCUACUGGCCGAAUUUACAGACUGUUAAACGUCCUUCUCAUAUCCAAACUUCCUUUGCUGGCUUCUUUUAUUGUUAAUGUUCAGUCCAAUGGUGCUGGAUUCUUAUACUUUAACCCCUGGACACCCUCUGAACACUGGCAGGCCAGGAUCGUCUCAGGAUCUCAUGGACGCCUGCCCAAAUGGUUUUGAAGCCGCUAAGUGAACAUUAUAUGGAAGACAACGUCAGACAGACGGUGGUUAACUCUAUCAAAGCCAGCUUGACAGAGCAGAGCUCACAGCACACCAAGUUAAAGACUCACUGACGCUCUCCCUCCUCUACUCCCCCGUCAUGUUCAUCACCCUCCUGCCCACUCGCUCAAUGUGUUCAAUCCUAGAACAGUGAAACUAGUUCAACACCAAAGCUGACCCCUCUUUUAUCCCCCUCCAAACGUCCAUCAUCACAUCGCUGCCCCUCCCUCAAUAUUUGCUGUUGUGGACCUGUAGGCUCGCUGUCUGCCCUGCUCUUCAUCGCCCUCUAGUGCCUCAGAGCAGAAACUGCAGCGUCAUGAGAGGACCGAGCAGACGAGCCGGUGGUGACGCCUCUUGCCAAAACAGGACCUAAAGGACGGUCUUCUUCUCCGGUGUGCCAUGCUGUGAUAGAUGCGUCUCAUGUUGUAGACACACACACACACACACACUCACUUGCUGGUAGCAGACUGCGCUCGCUUCAGGAUUGAGCUGUAAUUCAGGGAAAACUGACACCGCCGUAGGCAACUGUUGUCAACAAUGGAUGCAAACUGAAACACUUUUCUGUGCAUUGAUCGUUUUGUCUUACAGGCCAGAGCUCAGUUCACUUUCUCUUCAGCCUGUUUAUUAACGUUUCCUACAAGCACAAGUGAUAAUCAACUAAUUAUGACGGGAUUUGUCGGGUUCAUGUCUUUUUGUUAAUUCAGUAAAAUCAGGAAUACCAUUUCAUUAAUUCUACUGGAGUGGGAGUAAAUCGAAAAGCCCGUCAUGGACAAGCUGUCAAAGUUCCUUCCUGGUGAAUUGCUGUCUUCUUGUACAAAUCUGAACUGGAAAUCAAUCCAAACUGUAUUUUUCCGUCUUCUGACACCACUAGUUCACUUGGCUGUCUCCCAUUCAUUUAGUUUAGUUAAUCAAACUCUGGCCUCAGGUUGCUUCUACACAUCUGUACGUAUUCUUUCCCUUUAAUGUUUUGUGACUGUAAUCCUGAAGAGAACUGUAGGAAGCCUCGAGCCUCUCAGCUGAUUUUGACAUGUUUUUAAUUUUAGGACUGACGUGUUUUAUCUGGCCUUUGGCGUCUUGUAGCGGACCUGCCAGUGUUUGGCCCUCUGCAUGGUGUUAAGAGCUACUGUGUUGUAGCAUUAAGCUAGCUAAGAGCCUUUUAGAGUCCAAGCCUCUGUAGUCGCCGGGGAGGAUGGUCUGUCAUUUUGAACCAUUUUCUCUUCCACCGCCUUUUAUGAAGGCCACACUAGCCCUGGAUGUUUCCCCUCACAUGUUUAGGUCCUCGCUUCUUUCACUUUUGGGGAGUUUUUUUAGCUUAAACUCCUAUUACACCUUUUUAGGAAUAGUUAGACAUUUUGGAAAAUAUUUUUUUUGAGUAAGUGUUGGUGGUGCCACUCAUAGAAACGACAGCAGUUUUAUUCUAACUCAGAAAAACUGAGUAAGCAGAUCUCCCAAAAUCAGUUUCUUUAUGUGACCAGACGUGAUUGUAUCUACUGCCUUUUUGCUGUUCCUUCUCUAGAGUUGGAUACAUCUGAGUCACUCUGUUGACCAUUUCUCUGUCAGAGCUGGGUCUCCUGAAAGCAGCUUAAUAAAAUGUGGUCACUCCACAAUAGAGACCUGAUGUAAUGUUAUUAAAUUGACUGAAACCUGAACCCCCCCCCCCCCUUUAUAUUUCUCACAGCUGCUCUUCUGUGUGAGCUUUUUUAUUGAUUCCAUCCACAUUUCUCACCUCAAUCGCCAGUCUCAUUGUGUACAGCCUCUCUCUUUCUGUGUUCACAUAUUACCAAUCGGGCAUGUAUGUUGGAUUAAAUAUUUAAAUAAACUUUGUAUACAUUUUAUAGUGAAUCAGUUGACAAUGGCUUUGUUUUUUGAUCAAUUUAACAGUCUGUGGUUUAAGAAUAAGUUGCUGCUUUAGGGCUUACACUAGUUAAAUCUCCUUUUCAUGAGGACGGACGUUAAUAGAGAUGUGGUGUGAAUAUUUGGAUUCUGAUAGGAAAAUCAUUUGUGACGAGUGGGUUGGAGACGAUGUCUGUCUGCCUUUUAAAGAUAUCUCCGGUAAUUUAUUUUUGAAUCGAAUGUUUACCUUAAGAAUAAAUCCUGAAUUCAAUUA